AUGGCUCCUGUUCUGUGCGCCAAGUGCAAGACGGAGCGCGCUCUCGUCAAGCGUCCUAAGAACCAUCAGAAGCUCUGCAAGAACUGUUUCAUCUCGGUCUUUGAGGAGGAAGUGCACCAUACGAUCGUCUCAUCUGCGCUGUUUUCUCCAGGAGAAAAGGUGGCUAUUGGUGCUUCAGGCGGCAAAGACUCGACCGUCUUGGCGAGCGUUCUCAAAGACCUCAAUGAGCGUUAUCAUUACGGUCUGGAUCUUGUGCUUCUUAGCAUUGAUGAGGGAAUCAAGGGCUACCGAGACGACUCCCUGGAGACUGUCAAGAGAAAUGCCACUCAGUAUGAGAUGCCUUUGACGGUUAUUGGGUACGAUGAGUUGUAUGGUUGGACUAUGGACCAGGUCGUCCAAACCAUUGGAAAGAAGGGCAACUGCACAUAUUGUGGCGUGUUUCGUCGACAGGCGCUUGACCGUGGGGCCAAAAUGUUGGGCAUCAAGCACCUCGUCACUGGCCACAACGCAGAUGACGUUGCCGAAACUAUCCUAAUGAACCUUUUGAGAGGCGACUUACCUCGCCUAGGCCGAAGCACAAGCAUCGUCACUGGUGACGACACCUGCGAUGUCAAGCGCAGCAAGCCCCUCAAGUAUUCAUAUGAGAAAGAGAUUGUGCUAUACGCACACCACAAAAAGCUCGACUACUUCAGUACCGAGUGCAUAUACAGCCCUGAAGCAUUUCGAGGGACCGCUCGUACCUUGAUCAAGAAUCUUGAGCGGGUGCGGCCAAGUGCCAUCCUCGACAUCGUCCGCAGUGGCGAAGAUAUGGCACGUCUUGUUGCUGGUGGACAAAGUAGUACUUAUGCUUGCAAAGGAUCUUCUGCCCGCGACGCUGAAGAUGAUUAUACUACUGGGUGUGGGUCGCAGCAGGGCAAGGCUUCAAAGAAAGAAAUUGCUCAGUUGGAUGCAAGCCUAAGCCAAGCAACUAUUGAUGAUGAUCUUGAGACAGACUUCACCAGGACUGCAGCUGCGGAUAACAGAACACAAACCAAGAAUCAACCUUUGCCAAACCGAGCGUUACCCAGCGUCCCUUUACAGACAUUGGGCAAGUGCGAAAGGUGCGGUUACAUGUCCAGUCAGGCUAUAUGUCAAGCCUGUUUGUUGGUGGAUGGUCUGAACAAGAACAAGGCGCAAAUUCGUAUAUAG